AUGGCGCCAGGAAAGUGGGACGAUGAGGAGGAGAACUCGAACCCUCCCUCUCCUACCGUAGCUCCCAUCGCCCGCCGCAGCAAGUUUGAGGACGAAGAAGAAGAUGAUGUGCUAGACUCAUGGGAUGCCGCAGAAGACUCGGAAGUCGAGCGUGAAAAGGCAAAGAAGGCUGCCGAGGCAAAGGCAAAGGCAGAGGCAGAAGCAAAGGCGAACCACAAGUCCAAAGCGCAACGUAUCGAGGAGCACAGACAGGCGGCCCUACGCCGGCGGCAAAUGGAGGACGAGGGCGAGAGCGAGGACGAAGAGACGGAGGCCGAACGCCGCGCAAGACUACGCCAGCAGGAGAUGGACGGCUCGCGCGCCCAAGCCGAAGAGCUCUUUGGCGACCUCAGCGCCAGCAACAAGCGCGGAGGCAAGGCUGUCACCGUUGCCGACGAGAACGACCCCAACAACGCCAUCAACCUCUCGUCACUCUCCAUCUUCAACCCCAACACCAAGGACCAGUUCACCAAGCUCCGUGAGACGCUCGUUCCUCUGAUCGCUGCAAACUCCAAGAAGGGCCAGUACACGCUCUUCCUGCAAGAAUUCACCAAGCAAAUUGCAAAGGACCUGCCCAGUGAGCAGAUCAAGAAAAUCGCCUCUGGCUUGACCACGCUGAGCAACGAGAAGAUGAAGGAGGAGAAGGCUGCCGAGAAGGGUGGAAAGAAGACCAAGGCGGCAAAGACAAAGACGACACUGAACGCGAGUCGCGACGUUGGUGUGAGGGCGGAUACCCGGGCGUACGACGAUGAAGAUUUUGGAGAGUAA